AUGAGCAGGCCACGGGCAGUCUCCUCGCUCUUUGAGGCUGGCCUCCUACGUCGGGGCUACUGCAUAUCCUAUAGACACUCAUCCUACCGCUAUUUCAGUUUGUCAACCCAAUGGCGGCAACAGCAAACACAGCAACAACCGCGAAAAUUGAAUAUUCCGCCAGCCAUUGAACAGAACCCCGUGGCACUAAGCAAGUCCGAAGUUAAAGAGUUUACACCGAAGCCAUUGAAACGUCCAUUGGGGCUACCAUAUGCUCCCGAGGAAGGCCAGAAUACUGGUGUCGAUAAAAGAACAUUACGACAGCGUGGAGGGGACCUUGUGGACAAGGAGAAAUACCAACAACGGCAGUCGGAAUUGAUAAAGGAAUACAGCAAACCAUACUAUCGAGAAUGGCAUCGAAUGAAUUAUCACAGCGGAAAAGUAUUUAUCUGCAACCCCCGAUUAUUCAAAGAGGACUUUUCUCUAUAUUUCCCAAACUUAUUCGGCCGAACACUUUUACGGUCAAAUCCAAUGCGGCAUACUACACCGGUUCUUCGCGGGAAAAUAUCUCUUGUUCGGGUCUUUGCUAGUCUUUGGGCAGAGAGCCAAACGGUAACAUUCGUCGGCGAAAAGGAGAACCCAGAACUACAGCAGAUACUUGCAGAUGCUGGUCCUUUGGUCCAGAAAGUCGAUAUCAAUAAUGAAGAUAACUGGCUCAAGGCUCUUCUAGUACGGAUAUUCAUGGGGAGUAUGCGACGAAAGAUGCCAAAGGAGCAACACGGAAGAUACUUUUUGGUCAGGAAGGGCUUUACGAACUACCUGAAAGAUCAGAUUGGUAUGCUUAACGGGAAAGUUGGUUAUGUUUAUCUUCUGGAUGAGAACUGUAAGAUCAGAUGGGCUGGAAGCAGUGUUGCCGGGCCCGAGGAGCUGGAUUCCCUGAACAAAGGCUUGCAAAAGCUGGUGAGCGAAAAGAGAGUAAGCCAGGCAAUGCCAAAGAUUGUCUCAGUGUCAGAAAUAGAAAAGACCGCUCAGACGGCUUGA